UAAAAAUAUUUUGCAAAAGUAUGGUCUCAAGCCUGGCCCAUUCUUGGUGAAGCAAAACAAUAUUGGUUCUGUUCCAGGCAAUUAAUUAUGAGAUUUAAGGUCUUUUUUUUUUCUUUGUUCUUAUUUGGUCAUGUAAAAGUAAAAGGUCAUGCUUCAAAGGGCCAGACUUGUAUGUCUGAAAUUCUAUCACACAGAUAUUGAAUUCAGAAAUAGAGGCAUAAUAAGAGAGUUUUAUAGUAAAACUAUUCGUGUUGAGAAAAUAUAUACCCAUCAUUUAAAAAUAUGUGCAGAAUCAAAGGAAAUUUCAGAGGGACAAGCCCUCCAUGGCCACAUUAUCAAACUCUUAGCAGGGCCUCAGACUAUUUUACUCAACAGUUUGGCCAAUAUGUACUGGAAAUGUGGCUAUGUUUCACUUGCUGAGCAAGUGUUCGAUGAAAUGCCAGAACGAGAUGUUGUGUCCUGGAAUACCAUGAUAAGUGGCUAUCUUUCAGUUGGGUAUGGUUGGAAUGCGUUUAUAUUCUUUAAAAUGAUGUUAAGUUGUGGUUUUGUACCGGACCACUUAAGUCUAAAUAGUGUGCUCAAAGUUUGUGUUAUGAAUAGUGAUCUUAGUAGAGGUAUACAAGUUCAUGGACUUAUUGUUAAGCUUGGUCUCUGUGACAAUGCCUUUGUGGGUAAUGGGCUUAUUGAACUAUAUGAUGAAUUUGAUUGCUUUGAUGAGUCAUUGAAUGUAUUUGAUGCACUAGUCUGUAAGGAUGUUGCAGUGAUUAAUACCAUGAUAAAGGUAUAUGCGAAAAUGGGAAAUGUAGAAGAAGCUUUUGAGAAUUUCCGGUUGCUAGUGUCUGAUAUGAGAGGACCCACCAGAGCUACUUUUGUUAACUUGUUGGGUGGAAUAAGUGGAUAUGGGAGUUUGAAAGAAGGAUUGCUAGUUCAUGGGUUUAUAGUUAAGCUUGGGUUGGAAGGUCAGGGUCUAGUGGAGAACUCGCUUGUUGAGAUGUAUUGUAGUUUUGGUGCCAUGGAUGAAGCUUUUGACUUGCUCCUUUAUUUGGGUAGUGAGAAUGUGAUGUCGUGGACUACUCUGAUAUCCCAAUUCAGCAUUCAUGGAUGCUUUCAAGAAGCCAUGGAUGUUUUCCAGCAGCUGCAUCAUGAUGAAGUUGUUGCAAUAGAUGAAGUCAUGCUAGUAUGCAGUCUUGGUGCAUCAGCUGCAUCUAAGUGCUUAUGUUUAGGUACUCAAAUACAUUCCAUCAUUGUUAAAACCGGAAUCAGCAUACAUAAAGCUGUUGUUGCUGCUCUAAUGGACAUGUAUUCAAAUUGUUUUUGUUUAGAAGAUAUGCACAAGGUCUUUCAACAAGUUGGUUGCAAUAGUGAUUUAUUAAUUUGGACAAUAGUUAUUUCAGGUAAUGUUCAUAAUGGGCUUCCCAUGGAAGCUCUAAAGUAUUUUUCCCAAAUGCUAAAUGAAGGUGUGAGACCAGAUACAGUUGCAUGCGUGAGUGUUCUUACUGGAUGCAUUGGUAUGCAGGCUACUGAACAUGGUGAAAUGGUACAUGCUUAUGUCACCAAGUCUGGAAGUGGAACCAAAAGUUCUGUUCAGACUACUUUGAUUUCUCUCUAUGCCAACUGUGGAUGCUUUAGCAGUGCUGAAAAGCUUAUUGUUAGGAGGGUGGACUACGAUGUUGUUUCAGUAACUGCACUGAUGUCAGGUUAUGCAAAAUUUGGAGACAGUAUAAAAGCUUUGUUUUGGUUUAGAAAAUUGCUUAGGGAAGGCGUUUCACCAAACAAUUUCACUUUUGCUUGUGCACUUAGAGCUUCUACUAAAUCAACAUCUAUCUUGACUGGAAGGUCACUACACAACCUAAUUAUAAAAGUAGGACUCGAAGAUGAAAACUUUGUUGCUAGCAGUCUGAUUGACAUGUACUCCAAGUGUGGGGCCAUAGAAGAUGCUGUUCAUUAUUUUAACAGAGCACAACAAAAAGAUAUUGUGGUUUGGAAUAGCCUGCUUGCAGGCCAUGCACAUCAAGGGAACAGCGAAGAAGUUUUGCAGGCCUUUAAUGAGAUGCAAAAUUGUGGAAUAAAGCCUGACGGGAUCACCUUCCUUUCAAUCCUCUCUGGCUGCAGCCAUGGAGCUCUUACUGAUCAGGUGAUGGAAUAUUUCUGUAUGAUGCGUGAUGUUUAUGGGAUCAGUCCAAUGGUGGAGCACUACGCUUGCGUGAUAGAUUCUCUUGGGCAUGCUGGAUUAUUUAAGAAAGCAAUCAAGUUCAUGGAGGCAAUGAAAUUUACUCCGUGCAUGUUAAUGUUAAGAUCAUUGCUCAGUAAUUGCAUUCUUCAUGGGUGCAGUCAACUUGGCUUAGUUGUUGUAGCAAAGAUGAUAGUGCUAGGUGGAGAUGAAAUUGCAACUUAUGCAUUGUUUUCAAAGUUAUGUGCUAUUGAUGAGAGAUGGGGUGAUAGUAUGAAAGCAAGGGAGCUAAUGAACAAGAAAGUAGGGCUAUCAAAGAAGGUUGGCACCAGCUGGAUUGAAAGCAGAAACAUUCCAUCUUGAAAGGAAGAAUGAUACCCUCAAAAAGGAGGCUUUGAGGCAUGAAUAUCUGGUAUGUUUCCAUUGCAGUAUUUGCAUAUUCUGAUGGGGAGAAAUGUGAUGACCUGCCUAUUGCCAGCCAUUCAUCUUGCUAAAAUGCACGGUACCAAGGAUACCAUCUGGCUUAUGAGGUUCCUCUGACCGUGUUAAGAGGGCUGCAACAACUCAAUAAUAGUAUGAUUACAGAUUACUUGAGUCCCCAGACCAGACAGACUCUGUUAUCCUUAUUGGACCUUGCCACUGGACGAUUUUUGAGUUGGAUCUCUUUGCAUUAAGACUUGGCUUCCAUGACCACCGCACACCCUUGGUGCGAUGGUCACUCCACAAGUAUAAAUGCUUGUAAAGUGUGGGGGGCAAGG